AUGUCGCGGGUCGUCCCGAAGAAGAAACACUGGGCCAGCCGGGUGCGGCAGUGCUCGCUCACCCGCGGGCCCGGCGGGCAGCUGGGCUUCGCCCUGCUCGGCGGCGCGGAGUACGGCGAGUUCCCCUACGCGGGCGCGGUGUCGGGGGACGGCGAGGCGGCGCUGAGCGAGGGGGAGCUGCUGCUGGAGGUGCAGGGGGUCCGCGUCUCGGGGCUGCCGCGCUACGAUGUGCUGGAGGUGAUCCGGAGCUGCAAGGACCCCAUCGCGGUGAAAGCCGUCCGACAAGGAAGCAGACUGAACAAAGACCUGAGACAUUAUCUCAACCAGAGGUUUCAGAAAGGAUCGCCAGAUCACGAUCUACAGCAGACUAUUCGAGAUAACCUUUAUCGCCAUGCUGUGCCUUGCACAACCCGCCCUCCAAGAGAAGGAGAAGUGCCUGGUGUGGACUAUAACUUUCUGACUGUGGAAGAGUUUCUGGAGUUGGAGCGAAGUGGGACCCUUCUGGAAGUAGGAACUUACGAAGGUAACUAUUAUGGAACGCCCAAGCCUCCCAGCCAGCCCCUCAGUGGGAAAGUGACUUCCACCGAUGCUUUGCAAAAUCUGCAGUCUGGCUCCAAGCAGUCGACUCCAAAGCGAACCAAGUCUUACAAUGAUAUGCAAAAUGCUGGCAUAGUGCAUACAGAGAAUGAGGAAGAGGAUGAUGUACCUGAAAUGAGCAGUAGCUUCACAGCAGAGUCUGGUGACCAAGACGAGCAUAAUACGCAUAUCGUGAGAGAGACAGCCCCACCGUCUGCGAUUGAUAGCCACACCAACGUUCCCACCACGGAACCAUCUCAGAACCUCCCUCAAUACCUACCUCCUUCUGCCGAGGAUAACCUAGGUCCUCUGCCGGAAAACUGGGAGAUGGCCUACACCGAGAAUGGAGAAGUCUAUUUUAUAGACCAUAACACAAAAACAACAUCUUGGCUAGAUCCACGGUGCCUGAACAAACAGCAGAAGCCUCUAGAAGAAUGUGAAGAUGAUGAAGGGGUACACACGGAGGAACUGGACAGUGAACUAGAGUUGCCUGCUGGUUGGGAGAAAAUUGAGGAUCCCGUAUAUGGUGUCUACUAUGUAGACCACAUCAACCGGAAGACACAGUAUGAAAACCCAGUUCUUGAAGCAAAGAGGAAGAAACAGCUUGAGCAACAGCAACAGCCACCAGAAGGUUGGCAUCACCAAGGGCAUGAUGUUUGGGAAUGGACAGAGGAGUGUCCAUCUCUCCCACCACCCGCUGCUCCAAACCGUGUUUCAAACAACCAGGAGGCAGUUCGGGAAGCACCAGUGCAAGGAAAACCUUUUUUUACACGAAACCCUUCUGAGUUGAAAGGGAAGUUCAUCCACACCAAGCUAAGGAAAAGCAGCAGGGGUUUUGGCUUCACCGUCGUUGGAGGGGAUGAGCCAGAUGAAUUUCUCCAAAUCAAAAGUUUGGUGCUUGACGGCCCCGCAGCACUGGAUGGCAAAAUGGAAACAGGGGACGUCAUCGUCAGCGUGAACGAUACCUGUGUGCUGGGGCACACUCACGCUCAAGUUGUGAAAAUCUUCCAGUCCAUCCCCAUCGGUGCCAGCGUGGACCUCGAACUGUGCCGAGGCUACCCCCUGCCCUUUGAUCCUGAUGAUCCCAACACGAGCCUGGUUACAUCUGUGGCAAUUUUGGACAAAGAGCCGAUCAUUGUGAAUGGCCAGGAAAAUUAUGACUCCCCAGCAAGCCACAGUAGUAAAACAGGGAAAGUAAAUGGCACAAAGGAAGCAAGACCCAGCAGCCCGGCUGAGGUCUCUUCCAACGGACCCCAUGGUUACCCCAAUGACACGGUCUCUUUGGCAUCUUCGAUAGCAACACAACCUGAACUCAUAACUGUGCAUAUAGUGAAAGGGCCUAUGGGCUUUGGGUUUACUAUAGCAGACAGUCCCGGUGGGGGCGGCCAAAGAGUGAAACAAAUCGUGGACAGCCCGCGGUGCCGCGGCCUGAAGGAGGGCGAUCUUAUAGUCGAAGUCAACAAGAAGAAUGUGCAGAGCCUCACUCACAACCAGGUGGUGGAUAUGCUGAUUGAAUGUCCUAAGGGAAGCGAAGUCACGUUGCUGGUGCAGCGAGGAGGACUGCCGGUCCCAAAGAAGAGCCCAAAGUCGCAACCACUUGAAAGGAAAGACAGCCAAAACAGUUCUCAGCAUAGCGUCUCCAGCCACCGCAGCGGGCACACCGCUUCCCCCGUUCACAGCACGCAGGUGCUGCCGGACUACACCGCCGCGGAGGCGCCGGCUGCAGAUCAACCGGACAGUUCUGGGCAGAAAAAGCCAGAUCCGUUCAAAAUCUGGGCCCAGUCCAGGAGCAUGUAUGAAAGCCGACUUCCAGAUUACCAAGAGCAGGAUAUCUUUCUAUGGAGAAAGGAAACCGGUUUUGGAUUUAGGAUUCUAGGUGGAAAUGAGCCUGGAGAACCUAUUUACAUCGGUCACAUUGUACCGCUGGGUGCUGCUGAUGCUGACGGCCGCCUGAGAUCGGGUGAUGAACUGAUCUGCGUGGAUGGGACACCUGUUGUCGGGAAAUCGCACCAGCUUGUCGUCCAGCUUAUGCAACAGGCAGCCAAACAAGGUCAUGUCAAUCUGACCGUCAGGCGCAAAGUGGUUUACACAGUUCCCAAGGCAGAGAAUGAAGUCCCGUCUCCAGCCUCUUCCCACCACAGCAGCAACCAGCCAGCCUCACUGACGGAGGAGAAGCGAACGCCGCAGGGCAGCCAGAACUCCCUCAACACUGUCAGCUCGGGCAGCGGCAGCACCAGUGGCAUCGGCAGCGGUGGUGGCGGGGGCAGCGGUGUCGUCAGCACCGUGGUCCAGCCCUACGAUGUGGAAAUCCGCCGCGGUGAAAACGAGGGCUUCGGCUUCGUCAUCGUCUCAUCAGUGAGCAGGCCAGAGGCGGGAACAACAUUCGCGGGAAAUGCAUGUGUGGCCAUGCCUCACAAAAUAGGUCGGAUAAUUGAAGGGAGUCCCGCAGACCGCUGUGGCAAGCUGAAAGUAGGCGAUCGGAUCUUGGCUGUGAAUGGGUGCUCCAUCACCAACAAGUCACAUUCAGACAUCGUCAACCUCAUUAAGGAAGCGGGAAACACCGUUACCCUGCGCAUCAUUCCAGGAGAUGAAUCCUCCAAUGCUACUUUAUUGACCAAUGCAGAAAAAAUUGCUACAAUUACAACCACACAUACUCCUCAGCAAAUACCACAGGAGACCAGGAGCAACACCAAACCAAAGCAGGAAUCCCAGUUUGAUUUCAAACCACCCCAAGCAGCACAGGACCAAGACUUUUACACUGUUGAGCUGGAAAGAGGAGCCAAAGGAUUUGGCUUUAGCCUGCGAGGUGGCCGGGAGUAUAAUAUGGAUCUGUAUGUGUUGCGGCUAGCCGAAGAUGGUCCAGCUGAGAGAUGUGGGAAGAUGAGGAUCGGUGAUGAAAUCUUAGAGAUCAAUGGAGAAACUACCAAGAACAUGAAGCAUGCUCGGGCCAUCGAACUGAUUAAAAACGGUGGCCGCAGGGUCCGCCUGUUUCUGAAACGUGGAGAUGGCUCUGUCCCAGAAUAUGACCCCAGCAGUGACAGGAACAGUCCCGCCACAGGUUCACAAAAUGUAUCGGAAAUGAAACCCGUGCCAUCAGACCGACGGCAGUACCCAUCAUCGGAGUCCAGUUAUCCACCAGACCUUCACAAAUCAUCACAACAUGGGGACAAGCGGACUUACGUUAGAGACCUAAAAGGCAGCAGAGAGUUUAGCAGACAUCCCAAUGAACACCACACUUGGAAUGGGACUUCUAAAACCAACGACCACGUGCCAGGCAGGAGGACGGAGAGGUCGCCGGAGAGGAGGCACGAGAGGCAGCCGGAGAGGGCGGUGGUGAACGGGCAGAAGAGGAGGUCUCCCGAAAAGCGGAGGGAAGGAACGAGGAGCGCUGACAACACUUUGGAGAGGCGGGAGCGACACGAGAGGAGGAGAGACCUCUCCCCUGAGAGGCGCAGAGAGCGGUCGCCCAGCCGCCGCCGGCGGUCGCUGGAGAGACUCACGGAGCCGAGGAGGUCGCCUGACCGGAGAAGAGAGAGCUCCCUCGACCGGCGGGCCAAGUCGUCUGACCGGCGGAGGGAGAGGUCGCCCGACAGACGGCUCAGGGAGGAGCGAGUCGGCCACCGGGAGAGGGAAGACCCCAGCUGGAAGCACGAGCCGAGCCGCAGGCACCCGCCCGAGCAGCGCAGGCGGCCGUACAAGGAGUGCAGCACCGACCUCAGCAUCUGA